CGUGAAAGGGAGGGGGAGGACGAGAGCUGAGCAGUGAGCAAUAGUUCACUGGAUGUGGGAUACAGAGUGGGAUCUGCAGCAGAACAAGAUCAGAUAGCAGAUAUACCAAGAAAGUGUGAGACUCUCGACUGGCCACCAAUCUAAAAUAAGCUGUGAGGAAUUGAUUUUUUGAUUGGAUUGGACCCUACAGACCAUGUGAGCUCUACAGACAUUUAAUUUGACUGUGAUCAAGUCGUUGUGCUAUUUCGGGGUACAAAAUUAUGACUUUAGUGAUCCACUAAAGUCAUUUUCUAAUUUCUUGUCUGUUUCUGAUCAACUGGAUAUCAGUCGGGCAGUUACUUUGGAGGACUUGACAGUGGGAGUGACUGUAAUGCUCUCCUCAUUGAGUGGAGAAAGAGAAGCGUUAAAACUUGGAGGCAUAGACAUGAUGGUACUCUGUGGCCAUUUACCUUUCUGCUUCAGGAGGAUAGAGUGGUUCUAUCCGUAACAGAAGCGAAGAGUUGAAGAAACAUGCAGCAGUUUGGCUAAAAGACUGGGAGAUCUAGAAGAAAAGGAAAGCUGGACAAAAACAUUUAUUGGGAACUUGCAGACAAGGAAACUACUUUUGUGUCUCACCUUUCAAUUCCAGUUGACACUGAAUCAGUUUUGGACGGAGCUGUGCACUUCCUGUGAGCCUGGGUAGUUUUGUGGGCUGGGCUAAAGCCACGUGGCUGUGCCCCACUGAGGCAUGAGUGUGGGAAGGGCCCACCAUCACAGCUUCGUGUCCUGUGAAGAAGAAGGCCUGAGACUAAGUACCAUGCCUGCAGUCGGCAGCUUCGGCAAUGGCAAGAUUCAUACGAGACGCAAAUACCACAGCCGGUUUGUCAGCAAAGCUGGACAAUGCAACAUCCAUUUCUCAAACAUGGAUGAGAAGUCACAGCGGUACAUGUCUGACAUGUUCACAACUUGUGUGGACAUCCGCUGGCGAUACAUGUUCUUGCUAUUCAGCCUGGUGUUUGUGGUGUCCUGGCUAACAUUUGGCCUGGCAUUCUGGGUCAUCGGUCUCCUACACGGUGACAUGGACCAUCCCGGAGAGGACGACAGUUUUGUUCCUUGUGUGACACAGGUCAACACCUUUGUGGCAGCUUUCUUGUUCUCUAUUGAGACCCAGACAACCAUUGGGUAUGGAGCUCGCUGUGUAACAGAGGAAUGCCCGGCUGCUGUCUUCAUGGUGGUCUUUCAGUCCAUCAUGGGCUGCAUCAUCGAUGCCUUCAUGAUUGGUGCCAUCAUGGCCAAGAUGGCAAGGCCCAAAAAGCGUGCAGAGACUCUACUAUUCAGCCACAAUGCAGUCAUUGCUCUGCGUGAUGGGAAACUGUGCCUCAUGUUCAGGGUUGCCAAUCUAAGGAAGAGCCACAUUGUGGAAGCUCAUGUGCGAGCCCAGCUCGUCAAGCCCCGUUACACAGAGGAAGGCGAAUAUAUCCCCCUGGAUCAGAUUGACAUGAAUGUAGGCUAUGACAAAGGUACAGACCGCCUGUUUCUGGUUGCACCCCUCACUGUUAUACAUGAGAUUGAUGAAGAAAGUCCACUGUUUGGCAUCAGUAAGCAAGAUCUGGAAACAUCUGACUUUGAGAUAGUAAUCAUACUUGAAGGGUUGGUGGAGGCCACAGCUAUGACGACGCAAGCACGCAGCUCUUACCUGCCGUCAGAGAUCCUGUGGGGUCACCGCUUUGAGCCUGUCAUCUUUGAAGAGAAGAGCCAGUACAGGAUAGAUUAUGCCUACUUUCACAAAACAUUUGAAGUACCAUCCACCCCCAGAUGCAGUGCAAAGGACAUGGAGGAGAGAAAAUUCCCAACAUCUGGCGCCAACUCCUUCUGCUAUGAGAAUGAGCUGGUCUUCAUCAGCAGGGAUGAGGAGGAGGAGGAGGGAAAUGAGCAGAAAGACACAAAGUGUUCAUCAGAGCUAGUGAAUGAGCAGACCACUCCUGGACGUGAUCAAAUCUCCUCCCGUAGAGAAUCAGAGAUGUAACUUUUAGCUGUUGCUUGUUUAGUUUGUUUCUGGCGUCAUGAAGAGCCCUAUGACUGUCAUUCUACUGACAUGAGGAUACCACUAAAGACAUUUUUGCUGCAGGUGGAGAAACAGACAUUUCUAAUUUCUGUCAUACAAGCAUAGAUGAAGCUCAUCACUUUUCUCAUUGGAUUAACUUUUUGCUUCCUUGAGAUGGUUAUUGAGCUUUAUCAAAUGCAAAUAAAACUGUCAUGUUUCAAUUUGCAGAUGAUCCUAGUAAUGAAGUGCAUGACAAUAGCAUAGUUUUGUAUGAAAAUUUGAGAAAUGUUUCAUGGUUUUGGUGAGAGUAUCUGUAAGUGCUGUUCACAGUCCUCAAAUAUAUGACUUACAACUGAGUGUGGAAUGAAAUUGACACUUUGCAGGUGAAACCUUGAGGACUUAUUUGGUAAAAACAGAAGAGUAGAUCAACAGUGGAUUUUUAUGUUAAUGCUAGAACUUAACAAUAAGACUCUAAAUAUUCUACAUAAUACAAUGAUGAGUUGGUUAGUUGGCAUACAAGUGAUAUACAUACAUAGUAUGGACUGCAUGCAACUACGAGAGACACAUGACAAGGUAGAGUUAUAAACAUUUCCAUCACAAAAAGGGAAAACACACUUGGUGCAUCAUAUAUGCAUACUAACAGGGAAAACUAUUCAUCUCUGUCUUAAUAUUGUGGGAAACACUUGACCUGAGUAGAUGUUAAGUAUUUUUAGUAGUUUUCCACCAUUUGAAGUUUAACUGUUGCCCUUUUAGUUACAUCAUCUCGUGCCGUUGGUUUAACAGCACCUGACUGGAGAAUUAGCCCCACUAACUGUUUAUCUGGAAGCACUUAUAUUUCACAAUUAUAUUAGAAUAAUGGCACUUUUGUGUUCCUGUGGACAGAAUACUUUUUUUUGUUAGCAAGGCCUUUAUUGUAUUGUAUUUAUCAAAGGCAGACUAAUGUAGAAAGGUAGAGCUGGCAGCAGCAGCAGCAACGCACAGGUGCGUGAGCCGCAAGGUAGCCUCACACACUGCUCAUGCAGGCAGUGUGUCCUGGGCGUUAGCAUAAAGCGAACAGGUCCCAGGUAAAAAGUAAGUGUCCUCAAGGAAUUGGUUUUGCUUUGUUUUGUUUUUUUAGUGAAAUGUUGCCUUUUGAGGAUAAACAUGAUGGGUACUCUUGGAGGUAACACUGGGUCAGGUUACUACUGCAGGUAAACUAGUAAGUUGUUGUCGGACAAGCUAACGCUUGAGGCUUUCUUUAGAGCAGACAAACACACUGGUUAAUCUAUUCCUUAUACACUUGCUCUUGUAUUUUUGGGACAAGGUAAAAAAAAAACACCAUCCUCCACGGUCUUUAAAUGCAAUAUUUGUUCUAAAGGGAAAUACAAUACAGCUGUACACUACCUCUGUAUUUAACACAUAACACCUUUUUUCUUUAUAAAUGUGCUGCUGAAGGUCAAACAACCAUAAUCAUGACCUGUGUGUAUCUAAAAAUAACAAAAUUAGAAAUAACCAAAGACAAAUAAUCUAAACCCUUUCUGUAACCUCAGGACAUAAAAACACAGUCUGAGCAGGAUAAUCUAACUGUAACUCCGCACAUAUUGGUUAUCAAAGACUUGACACAAUUUGGAGGGCCCCCACAGGCAAUAAAGGAGUCUAAUUAAAGUCAUCUGAAAUGAAACCCUGUCACAUGCAUGGCCCAUGGGAGACAGAGUGGAGUAAUACUGCAACACAUCUGUGCUCUAUAUUAAGUUAAAACGUCAAUCCAAAAAAACAAAUAUUGACCAAAGGGAAGCCCUGGCACUCAACAUGAAAUACAGUACUCAGAAUAUCUCUUCAAAAGCUUGCAUAUUGAUGGAAAGCCAACGUUGAUUCUUGAAGGUUUUAGAUAUUCUAGGGACACGUUUCUUACAUUCACAUGUUCUGUAAUCACUCGUGAAGAAUAUAUAUUUUUGUGACAGUAAAAUCAGGAUGUUCUAACACGUUCUUACUCAGAUUUAGAUUGAGUAUAGUCUCAUCGUAAUGUCUUUAUAGAUAUUGUAUCAGAUAAUACAUGACAAAAAAAUUACCUUGAAGAAGUAAGAAAUGACUUUAAAGAUUAUGUCACAAUAAUGAAACUAAUGUCUAUCUGGAGUGUAAACAAAUCAAACCAGACCCUUUGGUAUAUUAUUAAAGUAUAUUAAUGUAAAAACAUUGGCUUAACUGUAUUCAUAUGUUUCAUAUAGACAUUCACAGCUUUGAGGGAAGAGCGUCCUAGUUUCACUCUGAGCUGCUUGUGUUGUGGUGGAUUACACACACGGAUACAAAUAACAAUAUAAUUCCCUUUGUGAAAUCAACGCUGUCCAAAAAAAACAUUAAUAGAUCAAAUGUAUAUUCGGUUCUACUAUUCAAUCCAUUGAUGUCAUAUAAUAGUUUAUGUUGUUUUUCUAUGUUCUUGGCCUGAGGCAUUAUUAUUUCUCUUCCUAUAUUAUUAAUAGGAAGUGAUAAAGAUAUUAGGUCAGACUGUGCACCACUGUGUUUCACUUAUCCCAGGUGAGAUGAAUUAGUUUGCCCUCCACAUUUCUCAAACUAAAAGCUCCAUGUGGGUUAACUUAUACACCUGACUGCCAUUUCAGCAUAUUUCAACACAUUUGUAUUUAUAUCUUGCUGACUUGUGCUGAAAAUAUCACAAUAGGUUUGCCCUAGAAAACAAAUGGUGGUUCCACUGGCAUUUGUGCCAAGAGCAGGGUCAAGGACUUUGGCAUGUAGAGUACGAGGGAAGAACUCUAAUUUGUACAUUUGUCUGGGCCGUUAUUGUAAAUACAUUUAUUUAUUUUUUUGGUUUCAGGAUCUUUCUGGCUUAAUAGACACUAAGUAUUAAUACAUUAUUUUAAAAAGUCAGUGUUAAUAUCACAGGUUUCUUGAGCAAAGCAAGAAACUGGAAAUACUCUCUUUGCUUGAUGGACUGAAAUAAUGUCUACUGACCUCUUCUUGUCUUCCACUAAAUGCAUUUGAAGCAAUCUUGACUCUGAGUUGCACCUUGUUUUCUCCUCACAGGGGUUUAGUUUGUUGUGUGAGACAAACAAUUUAUAAAUUGACAGACAAAUAAAAAAAAAAAUCCUGUUGAUUACCACAAUAAAAUAUAUCUCACAAAGCCAGCAGUUUUCUUUCUCCUUCACGGUAGACAGACACUACAGGGAUACUUUUACAAUAAGCUCCCGCUGAAUGUAGUUAUAACAAAUAAGUGCAGCGGGGAGGGAAGGUGGGGGCGAGCUGUUUGAUAAACAGAGAAAUGGACUGUAAUUUAUGGCUGUGAUUUGGCGGUGGGAUGGUAUCUGGUCGGGGUCAGAGGUUUCUUCUUUCACUCUUAUGCAACCAAUCAGGCACGUCUUUGCAUACAUACAAACAACACUUGGCAGCCCCGCUUGAUUUCACUGCCCUGUAACCUUGAACACUGGCAAAGAGAUCACAUGCACACAGGCACAAACACACACAGACACACACACACAAAACAUAGGAAAUUAGAAUAUAGGUUUGGUUAAAUUGUCCAAAAUCUGUGUGGACUUCUGCAAUGUGACACUUUCUAUCAUCUAUCUGUAUCAGCUGACAUUUUCUGUUGUUUUUAAAGCACAAAAAGUUUGACACAUAAUGAAUAAGUGAAAUAUUUGACCAGACCAAUAACUGUUAUAUUAUAUAUGAUAUAUUUCUCUACAAGACAUAAUCAGAGUUUCUACUGAUGGGAAAUGCUUAGAAUUCUUGUAAAAUGCACAAAUAAAAGUAGAACAUCAUUGUG